GUUAGUUAAUACAAGUGAGCUUUCGAGUAUUAGUGAGUUCAUAUCUUAUAUUUUGUUUAUACACUUUGAUUCUGUGCCAUUCCCGAUAUAUCCAAAGUUCGUGUUGGGCUUUCGGAUCUACGGGAUUUACCCUCAACUUUGGCGCCGUCUGUGGGAAACUUACAAAAAGUUUCACAUUCAAAUUAUCCAAAAAAAAAACACUAUUUUAAAAAAUGGUCAGAAUCAGUUCUUAUCAUACAAACGACGGUUCACGCCGACACGGAAGGAGUCACACCCCGGGGAGUCAAAACCCUCAGGGACAAUCCAGCCGAGGAUCGUAUCCUCGUUUUGAUGGGGAUUUUGUGAUUCCCGAAUUUCUGAGAAGAAAUCCUCAGGCCAUGCGAGACAUGGCCCAGGUCAUGCAGCAUAUGGCGAACGAGGAGGAAGGAGGGUCUAACUUUACAGGGGAGACUCCACGCACGGAAACAACCACAGCGUCAUCCCGUUCGCAUGCCCAUCGGGAUAAUCGACGUAGCGCCCCACCAACAGCACAUCAUAGUCCCAGUGACCGAACCCCGAUCGGAUCACAAGCUAGAGGACCAACUCCCAUUGGUCAUCAUUUCCAGUAUGCCGAGCGGGAGAAUACCAGGACCCGUCAACGGCAUUGGGACCGGGACUAUACGGACAUGAAGGCUCCACCACCGCCCCCUUUGACGGCCCAGGAGGAAGAAAUGGCCGAGAUGAGGAGGCAGAUGAACGAGAUGCGGGAUCAAAUGAAAGGGCGCCUGUACAACCUGCCCCAGUUCAGCUGGGAAUUACUUCCCCUUUCACUAGGGAACUCAUGUACGCAGACAUCGAAGGGGGUGCCAAGCCACCGACUGGCCAAAUCUAUGACGGGGUGGGAGAUUCCCAUGUGCAUUUGAGGAGUUACCAAGGGGGACUCAUGCUGCUAGGAGCACCCGAGGCUGCUAUUUGCCGGUUGUUUUUUAGUACGCUCAGAGGGCCUGUCCAGGAGUGUUUGGGACACUCCAACCUGGGUCAAUCAACAGUUUCGCCGAAUUAUCGGCGUUAUUCUUGGCCUAGUUUGCUUCCAGUGCCAAUCCCAAACGGCACUUCAGCUAUCUGACCAGCGUGAAACAGAACGUCAAAGAGACCCUCAAUCAAUUCCUGAAAAGAUGGAUGGAUGAAACUCUGACAGUGGGAAACAUGAUGGAUGAUACGCCAUUACCCUGUUCACGAACGCUCUCCGAACAGGGGAGCUAUACAAGGAUCUGAAGAAAAAUCCGGGUACAGCGUACGCCGAGGUAUUAGACAGGGCUCGCAAGCAUGCCGCCCUAGAAGAGGAGAUACUGAUCAGGGAUAAGGUCAUAGCACCAACAGCAUGAUAGCACCGACGCAGCUUCAACAUCUUACACCAGCAGUCCAACAAGAAGCAUCAGCAAAGAUUCAGGCUUCAUCCCCCGAUCUGCAUCAGCGACAAGAACAAAACAGAUCGCUUGAAGAAUUUCGCUGCAAAAUUUUCUCGCCAGAAAUCAGCAAUAAAGCAUCCAACACUGUCUCCAUUCUCCCUGCAAAACAAUAAAAGAAAACAACAAAAUAGAGAAGGAAUGCUGAAGAGGGGAGACUCACCUACUCUUCCUGGGAUUUUGAUCGAGCUUCGUAAACUGCUGGAAAUAUAGUUGAUGGUUCAAAAGAAAAUACACUGGUUGAUAUUUAUACAGUGAUGCGAUGAGUUCGGAUCUUAAAAUCAACAGAAUAAAAGUCCUGCUGGGAUAGGAAUUGUUAAAUAAGU